AUGGCCGAACAAAAUCAAACUUUUGCCGAAGAGUCCGUUGAUAGAGACGUUUGGGACGCUAUUUUAAACGGUCCAUUUGUUCCUAAAAUUACAGAGAACGGUGUUGACGUUCUUAAACCUAUUUCUAGAUGGACUGCAGAAGAAAGUCGAAAAGCACAAUUUGAUGUUAGGGCUAGAAACAUUAUUUCAUCUCGCUCUAACCCUUGA